AUGGCGGAUGGCAAUAGCCACCCAUUCAAUAAUGAUGUUAUUGCUGAUGAUACGAUAGUUCAAUUACAAAAACAACUAUCACAUCAACAACAACAUCAUCAAAAUAUUUCUAAACAUAAAGAUCUUAUUGAUCUUCUUUCCUCAAAUAAUACAAGUAAUCAUUUUUUAAAUACAAAUGAUCCAUCUAUAAAUAUAUCAUCACAAACAAUAACUGAUGAUGAUUUCAAUCGUCUUAAAUCAAUAAUACGUUCAACAAUAUGGUCUAUUGAUAAUUCUAUACGUCGACAAUUAUGGAUGAAUAUAUUAACAUUAAAUCGAGUUAGCACAUCCAAACAACAAAAUGAACAUCGUCAUCUAUCACAAAUACCUAUUCCCACAUUAUCAGUAACAAUUGAUAAUAGUCUAUUUUCUUUAACAUCAAAAUUUAAUCAAUGGCCAAAUUAUGUUGAUACAACUAAUAUAUGUCUUUAUCAUUUAACUGAACCAUCGGGACGUUUAUUAUUACAACGUAUUCUAUUUACAUUUGCAUUGCAUCAUCCUGAUUUAACCUAUUGUCCUGCAUUAGAACCAUUUUCAUCUUUACUUUUACAUUAUUUUAAUGAACAUGAAGUUUUAUAUUUAAUUAAUCGUUUAUUAAUUAAACAUUGGUUAUGUGGUGAAACACGUUUACAAUGGGAAGCAAAUUGUAAUGUAUUUAAAAAAUUAUUAAAACUUUAUUAUAAAUCAACAGCUGAUGCAAUUGAAUUACGUUAUCCAAAUACAAAAAUAUUCUAUCAAGAAUGGUUUUGGUGGAUAUUCCGUUACUUACCAUUUUCUUAUCUUGUAAAAAUUAUGGAUUGUUUCUUUCUUGAAGGCCCAAAAAUUUUAUAUCGUGUUGGUUUAGCACUGGUUCAUUUAUUUAUUAAAACGGUCAAAAAUGAAUCGAGUGGAAGUAUUCGAAAUAUGGCUGAUUUUUGCCAACAAAUUCCUAUAUCAAUUGAUCAACUUUUACGGGCUGCAUUUCAUAUUCGAAAUUUAAAACGAAGUACAAUAGAACAAUUAGUUGAUCAUGAAGAAAAAUUAUUACAUAGUACUCGUCAUUCUUCUCGACCAGAUGAACUUGAUCAAUCAAAUAAUUUAAAUAGUAUUAAUAUAAAUUCUAAUAAUAAUUUAAAUAAUAAUGGAAAUAUAAAUAAUCAUCAAUCAAUAUUUAUUACUCCACAACAUCUUACACGAAUACCAAAAACAUCUGUACUUGAUCAUCAACAAUUUGUAACAUUAUGGAAUUGGUUACCAGUACGUUUAAGUCUUACUCAACCUCAUUUAGUAUUUACUACCCAAGAACAUGGAUUUCGUUUACAAACAUUAUUAGACAAAAUAAAUGAAAUCGAAUAUUCAAUAUUAAUUAUUAAAACAACAAAUGGCGAGAUAUUUGGUGGAUUUUGUGCCGGACUUUGGUCUGAUCGUCAUAAUAAAACAUAUUUUGGUUUUGGUGAAUCAUUUUUAUUCACACUUUUACCAAAACAAACGAGAUAUUCUUGGGUUGGUCAACAACAAGACAGUGAUAAUCGACAACAUCAACUUAAACGAGAACUUUUUCUAUUUGUUAAUAAUGAAAAAAUAAUUAUUGGUGGAGGUAAUGGUGAUGGGUUAUGUAUUGAUGCAUCAUUAUGCGAAGGUCGUACAGCUCAUUGUGAAACAUUCAAUAAUGAACCACUUUGUUCAUCACCAUAUUUUUCUAUAUCAAUGAAUUUAAAUUAUUUAAUUUUAUUAACUUUUUUACAUACAAAUAUUUAUGCAUUAAAACCAAUACAUUUAACAAUUGUUGUAUGUGGUUAUAGACUUGACGAAGCAUUAAAUGCAUUAAAAUCUUCAUUAAUAUUUACACCAUCACCACUUAUUUUUCAUAUUUUUACUGAAGAUCAUUUACGAGCAGAAUUUUUACGAAAAAUUGAUUUGGAAUGGCCUGUGGAAUAUCAAUCAAAAUUUCAAAUUGAAUUUUAUCCAAUACAAUUUACACGUGGAAAUGAUGAACAAUGGAGAACAUUAUUUAAACCAUGUUGUACACAACGAUUAUUUAUUCCUGAUGUACUGAAAAAUAUUGAUUCAGUCAUUUAUGUCGAUACAGACACAUUAUUUUUAAGCAAUGUACGAAGUUUAUGGCGUCUUUUUCGAAAAUUUAAUUCAACCCAAUUAGCUGCAUUAACAGCAGAACAUGAAGAUCCAUCUAUGGGUUGGUAUAAUCGUUUUGCACGUCAUCCAUAUUACGGAGCAAUGGGACUGAAUUCCGGUGUAAUGUUAAUGAAUUUAACACGUAUGCGUCAAGUCGAUAUGAUUUCAAAGAUAAUGGAUAUUUUCGAUGAGUACCACAUGAAUAUUACUUGGGGUGAUCAAUGUUUAUUGAAUAUUUAUUUUAAUUAUUAUCCAGAGCAAAUAUAUGAAUUUAGUUGUGAUUGGAAUUAUCGUCCUGAUCAUUGUAUAUAUGAAAAUAAUUGUCAAAUAGCUAAAACAGAUGGUAUUAAAAUUCUUCAUGGUUGUCGUAGUGCAUUUCAUAAUGAUAAAUAUCAAGAAUUUAAAGCUAUCUAUCAAGUUAUACAAAAUUGGAAAUUUGAUUCAGAUUUAAAACUUUCAUUAUUAUCACAAAUAAAAACUAAUUUAAAAAAUUAUUCAUUAACAAAUUGUGGCAAAGCUUCAGAAUUAUUUACAAAACAUUUAUCAAAAGAAAUCUCAUUGUUAGAUCAUUCAUUUAAAAAGAUCUUUCAUAUUGCUUUUAUUUUUAAUGACAAUUGGAAUUUUAUUGAACAAUCGCAUGUUCUUCUUAAAUCUCUUCUAUUAUUUUCUUCAAAUAAUACUAAUAAUCAAAUACAUUUACAUGUUAUUUUAACAGAUAAUCAUAGUCAAAAUUAUUUUUCUAAACAAAUUGAAUCAAUGGAUUAUUUGAUUACCUAUUACAAUUCUACAAUAACGCAUCCGUUUCAACUCUCGACAAUAUUAAAUGUUGAUCGUGUUGUUUAUUUAAAUCCAAAUAUGAUAUUCAUAAAUUCUUUUGAUAAAUUAUGGUCAUUAUUUGAUCAAUUUCAAUCCAAACAAAUUAUCGGAAUGUUUGGGCAAUGUCAAAUGUCAGGUUCGUCCAAUGUAUUACUUCUUCAUUUAAAUGAAAUGAAAAAUAUGGAUAUUAAUUUCGAACGUAUAAAUCAGUUAUCAACUGAUAAUGUUUAUUUUCUUCCGUGCAAAUAUAUUCUUGAUACUGAUCAUUGUCAAUCAAUAAAACAUGGAUUAUUACUUUUCGAAAAUAUAAAUCAUUCAUUAUUUGGUAGUUUAUAUAAACUAAUUAGUCAAAUUGAUUUAAUAAAAUCAAAUGAUGCAAUUGAGAUUGAAUUAAAUCAAAUUAAAAAUUUACAAUGUCGAAAUGAACUUGUUAAAUUAAUUAUAGAAAAUAAAAAAACUAAAUAA